GAGUAUUUGAACACACAUCUAUAAUAUAAACCAGUACUGUUAUCAUUAAUGUUUAUUUUUAUCAUUGGCUGGUUGGACUAUGCCUUAGUUCUCUUUAAAUACUUGACAGUGAUGUUUUGGAUUUUGAAAUCCUGGUAAGGACUUUGGUCCAUUAUUUAUACCUGUGGUUUCUGUUUAUGGUCAGUUAAAAUUGUAAUUUUCUUGUGGGCAUUAUUUUAUAACUUGUUAGUAGUGACUAAAAUAUUACAUUUUCUUAGCUUUAUUUGUCAUUUUUGGAGAUUAGGAAAAAAAAUUAAACACUGUAGACUGUAGGUAUGAGUAUUUAUUUAUAGACCUUUACUUACUCUUUCCUUAAUUAUAUUUCAUCACUGAAAGUGGAGUUUACAUGAUAUUAUGUUAACAAAUAGUUUACAGUAAUUCUAUUGUGGUGAAUAGCUCAUGACGUUAGACACAAAUUUAUCUUGAACAUCAUAUUUUUGUUUACAGAGGAUUGAGGGAGUAAUGUAUUUUGGUAAACUAAAAUGUUGGAGGGGGAAGGGGAUUAUGGUGAAAAUGUUUCUCAUAAAAAUAUAUACAAUUUUUUUAUUCACUGAAUUACUCUGGUAGGUCCACUUUUAAUUAUUGUAAGGCUUUGGAAUAAAUGCUUUAACAUAUGUCAAGGCUAUCCUUGUUUCAUAACUCAAAAUGUGUUGUUUUUUAAAUAUUGAGGCUAUUGUUUUCAAAAUGAUAUUUUUUUUUCCCAGUUCUAUUACUAUAACACUUUGAAACUAUAAUUAGUCACCCCUACCUUGUUGGUUUCUAUUUAAAUGACAUCAAUUGCUAUGAUGAUGAUGUUCAUUCUUUUGUACUAAAAUAAUUCUACACCUAUUUAGUGAAACAUUUUGUGUGGUGACCUGUGUUCCUUCUUUUUUUUUUUCUUUUGUUGCUUUUAACUUUUAUGCGUAGUUUUCUAAAUAAAAUGUUCUACAUAAAUUUCCAAUAAGAUUUGUCUUGUAUUUAAUAGAUAACUUCAAGGAGAGAGGAGGGAUAUCCUCUUCCUGGUAAUAGACCAGAAGUUUUGGGAAAGAGGAAACAUUUGGCAGCAACAAUGACCACAAAGUUUGGUUCCAAAGAAGUGACAAGGAAACUUACAAAGGUUUAAAAAUUUUGUUAAAUUUAAAAUAAUAAAUUAUCUCCAACAUACUCUUUAAAAAUGUAAAGAGGGUUGAAGUUAUAGUUGUCAUCAUUUAUCUUUGAUCCAUUUGUUGAAAGGGAAUGUAGAGGCUUGUGUUAUGGCAUAUAGGUAGGCCUAAUUUUAGCAUUGUGGCCAGCAACAUUUGUCUCCCCUUUGUUUUGUUUUGACAUUGACAUCACUGAUUAAAUGUGCUGUGCCACUCCUCUUACCCACCCCUCACUUUAUUGGGAAAAGAUUGUUUAUGUUUGAAUAUAUUCUGUUUGAUCUAAAGAUUGCUAUUAAGGGACACAAUUUCUAAAUUUCUUUUCUGGUUGGUUCUGAUUCAGUGCCUAUGUAUAGGCCAGCAGCUUUCCUAGCCGGGAGAUACUUUUUUAUAUUUCAUAGACAUACAUGAGAUAUUAUAUAAUUGCAAUGUUGUACUCUUUAUAUGUGUGUAAAUUAAUAUUAUUAUUUUUUUUAAGGAUUGUACCUUUUCACUUGCUUUGCUGUAAAUUGAUAUAGUUUUUUAGUUUCUAUUUGAUUCUGUAUUCUUCAUAUAAAUUUAAUGCUAUAACUAAGUUGAAUAUUGUUAGUAUCUCUAUCUUUGUUAUCGUUUUCUUUGUAUAGUAGCUUUUCAGUUCUUUGGUAAGUAUUGUUCAUUCUACGAGUACGAGCCAAAUCUUAAAACAUAUUAAAUUUUGAAAACCACAUAAUGUUACUUAAAUCUUGGUUUAAAGAAGCUUGGCAUUUACAUGAAUGACAUAUUUAUUGAUUGUGGUCAGAAUAACUAAACACUUAUUGAAACACUAUUCAUCAAGUUACAAAAGUACUUACUGGAUAUUUUUAUAUUUUGAAAUAAUAAAGUAAAGAUAUUCACUUAAUAUAUAUAAAUUAAUUAUAUUUGUAUGAUUAUUUUAUUAAAUAACAUUAAAGGAGAAAUUUUCAGGGAUUUUAAUUCCAUGGUCAAUUAAUCAAAUAUUCACGAAUAUAGAAAAAAACAUUGCAUUGAUCAAACGUUAUCUAUUAAUUUGAUAAUUCCUCUGUUGAAUUGUUUUCCCGAGGUUAAAAUUUUGUACCGCAACCUUGCAUAAAAUCAUUAUUUUAUCAAACAACAUAUGUAAUUUUCUCCAGGGACAGACAGUUUAUGUGCGAGAUGACAGGGAUGGAUGGAUAUCAGCAUAUGUGGUAGAUGAUUGUGAUAAAAAUUCGACAGUUGUGGUCCAGCUGGAAGAUGACAGGGUAACACUAAUUAUAUCAUGAGAUUAAAAUUUUAUUAUAGCCAUGCAUUACAGAAUUCAGGGUAUUUCUGUUAACCUACUUCAUAUUGAUUCAAAAAAUAAGAAUAAGAUUUUUUCCUCUACAAUCACAGACAGAAAUUAUGUUUAGUGUCAAUGUGUUACGCACUGACUUGUAUUGGGAGAAAUUAAUCUCCUAUUUUAAUUUUAAUUUGGCUCGAUGUAAACAGUGCCUAACAAAGGACGAUACCAUAGAAUCAACAAUUAUUAAAGAUACGACCCAAAAAAAUUACAAUCUUCAACUUACAGUAUGGCAGAUGUCGUACCGGUACACACUUAAUACAAUUAGAAAUAAUGAUGCCAAUAAAUAAUGCGGAAUAAACACAUAUAAGUAGGAGCACACAAAUACACAAAGAAUAAAACACGCCUCGUAAUGUUAAGAAAAUCUAUGUGAAAAAUCUCCGUCCCCUCGUGCCUGUCAAUCUCUUAUAUAUAUGUAGAGUAAGAUGCUUCGAGAAGGGCUUAUGACGUGUUGUUUACAUAUCUCGGGUUAAGGAGUAUAUUCCAGAAAUUACCCGAAAACAAUCUACCCAAUGCGUAAUUGGAAGCCGACUGUAAACAAGCCACUUCAAAGACCUAAGCCACACCCCUUUGUGAACACAGCGUCUCAUGCGGGGUCAAUCAGAGGGCACGCACGAGAAAAACAAGCUCUCUAUAACAAAUGCCACUUCACUUCAUUUAGAUUCUGCAACUGAAGUUGGAUGAUGUCCUUGCAAGAUCUGAAGAGACCGAUUUAUUUCAGUGCUCAAGUUUGACUGAGCUCAAUCCCAUAAAUGAAGCAUCAGGUACUCUCUAUUUAUUUAAGGCUAAUAAUUUAACCAGUAGUAUCAAUGUUUCUAUCUGCUUUUAUUGCAAUUGAAAAAAAAAGGUUUUUCUUUUUAGUUUCUGGUAAAUUACAAUUAAUUUAUUAUAAAUAAAUUUGUAAUGCUCAGUUUGUGGGUGUUAAAUAAUGUUUAGCUUUUUUAAGUGAGCAAUAAAAUUUAGCAACAGCUGUAUCAGCAUGUGUUUCCUUUUAGCUCUGGAGUGUCUUCAUCAGCGAUUCACCAAAGACAUUUUUUACACAUCUGCUGGGACCACCAUUGUUGCUGUCAAUCCAUUCAAAGAUGUCCCAGAAUUGUACAACAUCCAAAAGAUACGGGAUUACCAUAUUUCCGAAGAGGUAAGAUGCUUUGAUGUAGCCUCAGCAUUUUUAAACUAAGCUUAUGGUUAACAUACCAUGAAAUUUUCAAGCCAUUUUCUAUGGGAUGGGAUUUCCUCAAACUUCUUGUAAACAUCUGUUGCAUUUUUCUGAAACAGCUCAAAAUUUUAUUAUAUAUUGCAUCCUUCCGUCUUCGCCAGACUGUGGAGUAGAGUAGCUAUGUACACUUCAACAAAUGGCUCGCUAGGCCUAGCCUGGAAUGGCAAUCUUGGCUGCAUUUCUUGCAGGAAAAUCUUGACUCCUGGUUAGAUUUGGCCUCCCAUAUUGCUCUUUUUUUUUUUUUUUGCACGAGGUUAGUUUCGCACAUCUUCUGCCUUUUUUCUCCGUCAUACACUGCUGUUCGCCAGCUGGAACCUUCCAGCGAAUAUCUCCCAUAUGUUGGCUGCAUUUCUUGCAGGAAAAUCUUGACUCCUGGUUAGAUUUGGCCUCCCAUAUUGCUCUUUUUUUUUUUUUUUUGCACGAGGUUAGUUUCGCACAUCUUCUGCCUUUUUUACUCCGUCAUACACUGCUGUUCGCCAGCUGGAACCUUCCAGCAAAUAUCUCCCAUAUGUUGAUUUCUAUGUUGGCUUCCCUCCUGCUCCUUUUGCAAACGUCCAUACAUCGCAGCUUUGGCUGUCCAAUAAGUCUUGUACCUUCUGCCAACUCUCGAUACAGCAGCUUCUUUGGAAUACGGCCUUCCUCCAUUCUCCUUACAGGACCUAACCAGCGAAGGCGCCUCUUGCUAAGAGCGGAGAAUAUGCUAAACAUUUUUGCACGUUCCAAGACCUCUGUCUUAGGCACCUUGUCAUGCCAUCGAAUGCAUAAAAUGUGACACAGACAAUUUUGUCGGAAGCUGUUGAUUUAAAUUUUUCUAAAAUAGCUCCAAAUUUUAAUACAAGAACCAAAUUCUGUUGCUAAAGGCUAUCAUUAUUCCAGACUUACUUUCCAUCCUUGUUUGAAAAAAUAUGUUUAUCAUCUAUUUACUAAAAGGGAAACAACUGAAAGGAUUUACGGUAACUCAUGUAUGACUUCCUGCUUUUGAAAGACUUUUUUUUUUAUUCCUAGGUGCUGGAUCCUCACAUCUAUGUUAUUGCUGAGAAAGCCUACAAACACAUGGUUAGGGAGUUGGGCAAAGUCCACCAGAGCAUCGUUGUCAGUGGGGAGAGUGGUGCAGGAAAGGUAAAUGUGAUGAUAGUUUAGAGAGUGGUGCUGGACAUGUGAUGUCAGUUUAGAGAGUGGUGCUGGACAUGUGAUGCCCGUUUAGAGAGUGGUGCUGGACAUGUGAUGUCAGUUUAGAGAGUGGUGCUGGACAUGUGAAUGUGAUGUCAAUUUAGAGAGUGGUGCUGGCCAUGUGAAUGUGAUGUCAGUUUAGAGAGUGGUGCUGGCCAUGUGAAUGUGAUGUCAGUUUAGAGAGUGGUGCUGGACAUGUGAAUGUGAUGUCAGUGUAGAGAGUGGCGCUGGACAUGUGAAUGUGAUGUCAGUGUAGAGAGUGGUGCAGUAAAGGUUAAUGUGAUGCCAAUUGAGAUGAUGGUAUUGUGAAUGUGAUGAUUUUUAUUUGCGUAAUGAAGUUGAACUGGGGAAUGUAAUAUCAAUUUAGAGAUUGAUUCUUGACAAGUGAAGGUAAUGUUUGAUGUACUGAAUCUAAAGUCUUAAAUGCAUUCAGUUUUGUUAAUUGUAUCUUCAUUUACUGUUUUUAUUUCAGACUGUUUCUGCCAAAUAUUUGCUACGAUAUCUCACCAUUGUGUCUAGCCCAGAGAUGGAAAUAGAGUAUGUUAAUCUAAUUCGUUUACCAAAGUAAAGUUACUUUUGAAACAUUCUGAGAGCUUUUUAUGCUAUUCACAAUCCAUCAAUUUGUCAUCUGUACAUUUUCAGGUGCUUAUUUUUUAUUUGUCUGAUUCUUUAAAAAUUUCAAUUCAUUUUUGUUGGAGGGCAUGACAAUUUUUUUAGGGCAAUUAAUAAGUAAUGUUACACAGCUUAGUAGUUACAAUGAAAUUUAAUAAGACUUGUGGACAGAAAACUUAUUACAGCUAGUGGCAAACCAGUGCUACUUACUCAAAAGCCAUUUUACUUUUAAAAUACCAUUGUUGAAACUUUUACCAUAUAAAACCUUAACGUUUUUCAACAGUUUAGAAUGCUCUAUACCAGGGAGUGUUAUAGAACGUCAAGUGCUAGACUCCAAUCCUAUUCUAGAAGCUUUUGGUAUGUAUUACUGUGAUUUGACGGUAUUCAAGGAUGAACAAAAAACAACAUUUUCACAAUCGGAUGGAAAUGAAGAAAAAAAAUUUAAAUGAUGUUACAGUAAAAAGUAAAAGUCUUUUCAUUGAGUCCUGAAGUUCGUGAGACCUUUCAUUCCACAAAGUCCCUCCUGUUUUUCUAUGCUAGCAUGUGUUGUUCGUGGUCAUCUUGUCGUCAUCAUUUGAAACUAAUCUGUAAACAAUAUUUUGUUCAAUUUCUGAAAUUUAAAAAACCAUACCCUACCCCAGCUGAUAUUUUAUAAUUAUUUUAAUUUUUCGUUCUCAUAAUAAAAUUGAUAGAGCUUUGACCAUAUUCCAUUUAGAAACACUAUUCCCUCAUCAAAUGUAUUUUUAAAUGCAAGCAGUUUAUCUUGCAAGCCAGGAAAAUAUAUUUCUUUUCACAGGAAAUGCAGCUACCCCAAGAAAUGAGAACAGCUCCAGGUUUGGAAAAUUUAUACAGCUUCAGUUUCACAGGUAAAUUGUUUAUUUUUAAUGCGUACUAUUGUUAUUUUUAUGUAGACUUGAGCUAAUUUUUUUAGAAAUGAACCUGUUUUUUUUCCCCAAGAAAUAAUUGGUGAAUGUAUGUUUGUGUGUGUGAGUGAGUGAGAGUGAUUUCUACCAACAUAACUUAUUCUAAAAGUAACAAGUGGAAUACAAGUUAUGUUAAUAAUAAUUUCUUAUUUUAUAAAGUUACUUAGAUUGCAUUUUGAAUUUUGUGUUUGAUUUCAGUACCUGUACCAUUUGCCAUGUUAAAACUUCAAGUUAACAUCAAAAUUCAGUUCAAAAUAUUUUUUUCAGAAAUGGGUACAUUCUUGGAGGUGUCAUACAAACAUAUUUAUUGGAAAAGACUCGCGUUGUUCAUCAAGGCUUGGCGGAGAAUAAUUUCCACAUUUUUUACCAGGUUUAAACUAAUUUUUAAAAAGUUAUUUAAACGGAUGUGAAGAAAAUAUGUAUUACAUUUUUUUUAAAGGAUUUAUUUUUUUUGAGUUGUGCAAAUUAAUGAAUACAUUUUUUUUAAAGUGCAGGAUUUUCUUAAGGAUUUUUAAAUUAUUUUUCUUUUAAUGAAACUUUAAGUAGGGCGCUAAAAGUAAAUACAAAAUUAUUCAGUUGUUUUAUUGAUUUAACUAUUUCAAAUAAGUAUGCUAUCCUCCUGCUCUUGCCUACAAGUACCAAGAAAUGUUUUUAAUAUACUUGACAUCAAGCAUUUCAAACAUGAGCAUGAUAUAAAAUUAUUUUAAAUAUUUUCUUAUCUAACAAAAUGCCACAUUUUUUUUCAGCUGUUGAGUCUUGGAGAAAUGUCAAUAAUACCACUGUGGCUGGAAGAGGUGAAAUCUGAAGUGCUCAGAUCAAAAUUGGAAUGUAGAGUACCUCAACAAGGUAAUCAUUGAAGCACUAGACUUAUGGGUCAUUGGGGUUGUGGAGAUGUGAAGGAUCACUAUACAAAACAUAAUAACGCAAGUCUUAAAUAAUUCCGAAAUGUGGGUAUCAUUGAAACUAUGUUUGUGUGUGGGGCAGGUGUUAAAUUCUUAUUGAUUACUGUCUACCUAAUUUUUGAGUCUUCCUCCUCACCUUGGCAGGUUUACCUCAUUUUGACUGGUAUUGGUAAUUAAUUUGUUAAAAUUCACUAUUCGGAUUUGAAGCUAAUACUACCUAAAUUCUGAAUUUUAUUUUACAAUGGCUAUAAUUGAUCAAUUAUAACAUCCCAAAACAAGUAAGAUAUUUAGUUUAUUCUUUUUAACAUUAAAACCUCUUAAAUUUUAUUUGAUCAUAUCCUUUUUUUUAUAUUUUAGCUGAAACCUUAUCAGUUCUUCAAACAGUGGAAGCUAUGACUGAUAUUGGUGUGCCACCUACCAGUCAAGUCUCUAUAUUUAAGGUCUUUAAAUAAUCAUCCUUUUUUUUUUUUUUUUAAUAUUUUUUUUAUUUGGGAAUUUUUCCAAAUUUUUCCACUUCUUUUUUUAUUUUUAAACAUUUUUUUAGAUGAAACCUUAUCAGUUCUUCAAACAGUGGAAGCUAUGACUGAUAUUGGUGUGCCACCUACCAGUCAAGUCUCUAUAUUUAAGGUCUUUAAAUAAUCAUCCUUUUUUUUUUUUUAAAUAAUUGUUUUAUCUGGGAAAUCUUCCAAAAUCUUCCAAGUGCUUUGUUAAGUUGAAACACUUGUUUAGACAUAACUCUGGGCCAGAUAUAUGCAUUAGUUUAAAUGACAGACACCACAGAAAUAGGUCUUUAUAAUCUUUGCUCUUUGGAGCUAAUAUUUAAUAACUUUUAAAGGCCUUAUCUUACUGCCAAAUAAACCCAGUUUGCUUAGUUACUUCAAAGCCUGUUUUAAAUGUCCAUUUUUAUCUUCUAAGCAUAAUAUAAUUUAAGAAAGGCUCAAUUUUAAAAAAAAAUAUAAUUCUGCAAAAUGUUUUCCUGCCAUAUGUACCUAAUUAAACUUAUACAUAAUAUAUACAUAAUUUAUACAUAUAGAUAUAUAUAUAUAUGUGUAUAUUUCUCAGAUUUUGUUAGCAGUAUUACAGUUAUCUUCACUCAGGAUCAUAUCAGCCAAAGAUGGAGAAGCCAGCUCGAUUUCUGACGAUGAAGGUAAAUAAUAAUGAAGAGGUAACUUUUGUAUUGCUUAACAUCUGGAGAGAUUUGUUGGCCGCAAGGCUGCAGAGCUAGGAAAAUUUAAUCCAAUAUCUUUGCCCAUAGGACCGGGUUUCUGGGUCAGUGACUAACAUUUUCAAACUGAGGUUGUUAAUAGUUGUAGAUGAAAACUUUUUUUUUUUAAAUUGGGGGAUAGUCUAUAACUUAAAUGUUAAAUAUUUGUUUUAAGUGAUAGCUCUUUAGUAUCGAUACAGAUGUUUGUUAAAUUGUGUUUGCAUAACUUCCCAAUUUUUACAUUGAUCAUGCUCCUAAUUUUGCUGAAUAUUAUUUUUAAAAUUCCAGCUGUAUGACUUUAUUGAGCUUUAUGCUGUUAACAUAUAUUUUAAUAUAUUUAUUUGUUUGAAGAAAAAAACGUGUUCAUCCUACCAGCAUUCAACAAAGCAAAAAUUGGUAUUUUUAAAAAUAAAAUAUUUCUGUUCAUAAUUUGUAAUUUUUUUAAAAAAGAUUUAUUUGUUUUUUGUUGGUUUCCCUUUUAAAAAAUGUGUACUUUUGAAAUGGUUAUUAAGCGACAAAACAAACAACAAAAAAUGAAUGUUUACUUUCUAUAGGCACACACAGUAGGUUCAUUUUUAAUGUCAUUUCAGCUCAACGGGGUUCUUAUUUAACUAUAAAUCUUAUUUAGGACCAUUUCCUUGAUUUUUUAUUUUUUAACGGAUAAUAAACUCAUGAAUGACAUCACAAAUUUUAAUUUUGAAAAUCUAUUCGCAGAAUAGUGACCUAUUUUGCAGUCCCCUUUAAAAAAAUAAUGGGACACUUUGUGUUGUUGAAGUUAAAAAAUGAAAAGGGAUUUUAAAAAAAUUAUUUAUUUUAGCUCCAACUUUUUUUUUUACGGUACCAUAAUUUAAUGUCUUUCUCAUAAAUUUCUCUAAGAAAAUUAAAUUACUCUUAGUAAUUUUGGUAUUGUCUUGUUUAUUCUCUUUAAAUGUUUAUUUUAAAGGGCUGUUGAUGUUUUUGAAUGUUUAGUUGCUAGAAUUUUAGUUUGUAUGUUCCAGCAUCAACAUGGGCAAAAGAUGUAUCUGCUCGUUUGCUUGGGAUCUCUUCCCAGAGUCUGCAUGAUGCUUUGUUGAAUCGCAAUAUUGUCAGCGGAGCCAAGUCCCACCAAACUGUUUUCAUCAAGCCAGUCACAGUGGCAGAAGCUCAAAGUCGCAGAGACACCUUAGCAAUGUUGCUGUAUUCCAGGUUCAGAUAAGAAAUAUAAGCUUUUCUGUGAUUUAAGUUUUAGAGUACAAAAAUUAAGAUUCUUCAUUGGAGCAUAACAUUUUCAUAUGCUACUUUUUAAGCAUAAUAUUAACAUACAUUGAAGUAUUUAGGCCUCUGUGUUUUUCAGUGAUUAUCAAAGUUAUCCCUGUUCUUCUUCUAUAUCUUAAGGGCCCACGAUCAAUUUAUUGAUCAUUUUGGCUCCUAUGCAUGUAGAUGGGAUUUGCAAUGUUUCUGUUACUGGUGUUGAUGAGGAAAUCAUGCACUAGGGGUUUGAAGGCUUGAGGCAAUAGACACAAAUGUGUCUAGUGUUGUCGCCUCAACCGUUCCUUUUGAAAGAUUGUUCCAGUCCCUGAUUGUCUUGGGCAGGAAUGAGCAGCUCCUAUACUGGCUUCUUGCUGGUAUGAGCCUGAAUUGCCUGUCAUGGCCUCGUCGCUGUCUAUGGGGGAGAGGGACGAGUUUCUGUUUAAUACUGGAACAGUGGACCAGCCCAUUAUUUAUCUUGUACAUCAUGGAGAGCCUGGAUUGUCGUCGUCGUUUCUCCAAUGGUGACCAGCCUAGUGUUUCUAGCAUGCUGCCAACACUAGAGGUAUUCCUGUAGCGGUUUAGGACAAAGCGUGCUGCUCGUUGCUGGACCGCCUCCAACCUGUCAAUGCUCUUCUGGGUAAAUGGGUCCCAGACUGAAGAUGCAUAAUCUAAUACCGGACAGAUAAAGGCUUUAUAUGCUCUUUCUUUCACACAGGAGUUGCCAAUCUUUAGAUUUCGCCUUAAGAACCCUAGGGUCUUGUUUGCUUGGUUACAUACAUUGUUAAUAUGCUCGUCCCACCGGACCUCUCUUUGAAUGGUAACACCCAGGUACUUUACGGAUAUCCUUAAAUCUUUAGCUUAAACCUUAGCUUUUGGGUUACAUUGAUGAAUGCAAUCAACUUAAAAAGCGGAUUAACCUCAAAUAUGUUUCUCUAUAUUGCAGAGUUUUUGAUUGGUUGGUGACUUUUAUCAAUAAACAAAUCAAGGCCCCAUAUUUUGACUCAAGCAUAAGUAAGUUUUUUUUUCCAUUCAAAAUAUUUUCCAAGUCUUUGAUUGUGUCACAUUACAAUUUUUUUUAAAAAGUUAUCUUUUAUUAAAUGCAUUUUUGAAAUUUAAAAAAUGGCAUUUUUAUUUAAUUCUAUAAAUUUAUUUUGUUUUUAAAAUUAUGUGACAAUUUUUUUUUUGUGCAUAUGAUUUUUUUGUUGAUGAUUUUUUUAAAAGAAUAAAUUUUAUAAAUAGCCACAAUUUACUUUCUGGGUUUGUUUGAAAUAUCCAUAUAGAUUGCUGUCUCCUGAUUAUUAUCUUCACAAUAGUCAUGUAAAGCACCUCGUGGGCCAUAUAUCAAUAAUCUCAAACCAUUUUGCUCUGAAUUACCACCUUCUCAAUGUCUCUCCAUGCCAUUCCCACCACCUCAGACUCUUUAUUUAACAAGGUUCGCACAGUCUUUGAAGGUUUGGGGAGAAUGUUUUUAAAAUUCCAUGGCCCUGAAAGUUUGGGAAAAUUGACAAAAAAAAUUAUCAUCUUUGAAAGUUUGAGAGAAUUCCUUUUUCAAAAUUUGUAAAGAAAAAAAAGAAAGGACGUUUCCUUUUAAAUGACAGGGCAGUUUUCAAUUCUUAUUAUCCUUAACCCUGCAAGAAAUAAAUAUGUUGAUUGGUCAGUAGAUUACUUUAAGCCAAUGAAAUUAAUCUUAACAAGUUAAUGAAGAAAUAACAACAAAUAUAAAGUAUAGAAAAAACAAUAACAUUAAUGGGGAACACUUAAGUUUUUGAACUACUUGCUAUUUCUUGCUGUCACUUCAUUUGCCCUGUCUGCUGAGGAGGUCUCUUAGCCGAAGUAUUCUCCUUUUAUUGUCCUGUCUUUUUAUUUCAAGCUUCCACAUACCUUGUUCCAUUAUUCUCUUCACACAGCUUGAACGCAGUCCUUCAUUUAUUGACAGUUGAUGGGGGGGUUGACCCCAAAUGAACACAUGAAAACUUUUUGUGACUUUUCAUUUUUUUUUCCAUUAAAUGGCGUCCCUUUCUUCUCUAGAUCUGUUGGACAUCUAUGGGUUUGAAACCUUUGAUGUGAAUAAUUUGGAGCAGCUUUGCAUCAACUAUGCCAAUGAAAGGCUUCAGCAGCACUACGUCACUCAUUUCUUACGGGAUCUCCAGGUGCAGUAACUGAUACAGUAAUCUUACUUGCUCAAAAUAUAUUGAUAUCAUUCAGGGAGAAAAAGAAAUAAAACUCAUGAAAUUGAAACAUGAAGAGCUCCUGGGAGGUUAAUUGAAUUUACAACUUGUAAAAAUAGUUUCUAGAUCAUUCAAGUGUUUUAUUUCAUUUUAAGAGACACUUUCAACAUCCUUUUUCUUUGAAUGUUUAGUAGUCACAAAGGGGUUUCAUGGGUCAAUUGCAGUUUUUUUAAGGAUUUUUUUACCUUUAAAGUGUGAUGACCAUACAUUUUCAACAAUGAUUUCCCCCCCCCCCCCCCCCCCCCCCCGAUAUGUCGCUGGGAUCUUAGACAGAAUAUGAGGCUGAACACAUAUCCUGGACACCAGUGGUCUACAAGGACAACAAAAUCUGUGUGGAGACUUUAGAUGGUCCAAAUGGUGUGUUUGGUUUGCUGAAUGAAGUAAGAAACAUUUAAACCAUUGAAAAGUUGUCUUUUUUUUUUUUUUCCGGUAUCUUGAUGCUUUUAUUGACUUAUCUAGUUCAUUCAAUUAAGGAAACUUUAAUGUUAAAUUUUAUCAUGAACAAUUGCGCUUUGUUUACAAAUUGAGUAAAACGAUACUGUAAUGUUGUGUGUUAAUUUCUAGGAGGUUGCUUUGAACCGUAAAUCUGAUGACAGCUGUCUCUGUGGUCGUAUUGUUGAUGCCUGUAAGACUAGUGGUAUUGUCAGGAAGCCCCAUGCAGGAACAUAUGAGACAAAGUUCUAUGUGCGUCACUAUGCCGGUGAUGUCCUCUACACAGUACAGGAUGCUGUUACUAAAAAUAAGGUCAGCUGCCCCUUUUACAUUCUGUGUUCAAGUUGUGGAACAACUGUGAAGUCAUUUUGAUUAAAAUAAAAAGUUGGAAGCUAUUUUCUAAAACAAAUAUAAAAGCAAGGAGAGAAAAAUUAGCAUUUUAAUGAAUUUAACUAAUAAGAUAGUGAGUUGUUUUUUUUUAUGAUUUAAUUUUUAACUGUUCACUAUCACAACAAUAUUAAUAAACUAUUGGUUAUUGAUAAAUUAAUUUGUUUCCCUCAGGAUAAUAUACCAUUAGAAUUGAUAUCUCUCAUGGCUCAUAGCAGUGACAAUUUUAUAUUAAAUCUCUUCAAUGACACGGAAUAUGCACACACUGAGCAAUCUCUUACACCAACCAAAACAAAGAAGAAAAUCUCUGUCCUCACCAAGUUCAAGGUACAUUUUAAGAUGUUUAUUAAGUUACCUUUACAUUUAGUCAUGGCUGGUAUUAUCUAAUCAAAGACACAUCUCAUAUACCUAAAUUGCUGCAAUUAGAAAAUCUUUUUUAAAAAAAAAAUUCAUUAAAUAUUAUUGCUGGUACAUCAGUGAGCUCAUACGACUUGUUUUCAUAAAGCCCAUGGCAUCUCAGAAAUAUUGAUAAAACUAUUGGCAUGCUUUAUUCCCAAAUAUUAUCUGUGCCAGUGUUCUGCAGCUAUUUAUAUGUUUGUUUUUUUUUUUUUAUAUAUAUUCUCAAUUAUUUUUUUUCUUUAUCUGGUAGUUAACAAAGCUAAGAAUUACAUUUUAAUGUGGCAUACAUAUCUGUGGUAUAUUUUUUCUAAGAGUUCUCUAGACAGCCUCAUGUCUAGUUUAGAAAGAUCUGAUGUCCACUUCAUUCGUUGUAUCAAACCCAACAAUUUCAACAAGCCAGCAUAUUUUGAUAGAGUGUAUGCUCUCCAACAACUUAGAGCUUGUGGAACCAUUGAGACAGUGGAUAUAUGUCGAUUGGGCUAUCCUGCUAGGUAUUUGACACAUAUAUUUUUUUCUCUCCAGAUCCUAAUGCUUUUGUGGUAGGACUACCAUAAAUGUAUCAAGCAUUUUCGAGACUGUACUUACUCUUAUAUUAGUCAAAAAUUAUUUUUUUAUUGCAAAAUCGUUUUAGAAUAUAAUUUUUUUAAAACAUAAUGAUUAAAAAGUAAGUUGAUGUCUGGAUACAAAUAACUCAACGAUAUUAUUUGUUUUCUGUGUUCAUCGUGGAACAUGUUCUCUUUGUUUUGACAAUUAAAAUAUAAUCAUUUAAAUUAACCUUUAUACAUGUUAAAGUUACUGAAUUCCUUGUUAAUAUCUUGUAUCUCUGCACACAAAAAAAUAAUUUAUUUCCAUAUUUGUGUCAUUUCUCUCCCUCCUCUCUCUAUCUCCUCAAUCACAACUGGCAUAAACCCUGUAAGUUAUGAUUGAUGUGUAAUUAAGUGUGCAGUCUGAGUACUUACAUUUUAUUUUCACACUGUUUCAACCUUACAAUGUCCACUUCUCUUUUUGACAGGAUGACAUAUCAAGAUUUUGUGCAACGCUAUGGAUUGUUUAUGAAACUCAAUGGCUCGAGGGUACUAUCCGGUUUGCUUAAGGACCAGCCUCUGUGUGAUGAUGAGGACAAAGAGAAUGGAGAGUCUUUUUGUGAGAAAAUAGAAUCCCAGAUGGCCAGUCAUGACAGACACACUCAUUCCAUCAAAUACAAAAAGUUUAGAAGAAAAUCAGGUGAGACUUCCCUUACAUGAUGAUGGGAAAAUGAAUUGUGAUUAGUGACAGUCCAUAACUUAAACUAAUUUAAUUAAGUUAAUAAAGCUUGUAAUUAUUGCUUAUUGCUGGUGUAAAAUGGUUUUAAAAAUCAACAGAAAAAAAAUAAUCGAUAUUACAUGGUUAGCAAGCACUAACUUCUAGUUCAAUCUGUAUUUUUUUUUUUUUUUAAAUAUGCACAUGGAUAUAUAUACAUGUGGUGGAUAAUUUUAAAAUCAUUAGUGUAAAGAUCUACCAACCUAUUUGUGUUGUUGCUUAUUUACAGACAUAGAUCGUCCAUGUAGGAGGUGUGCUUGUAUCCUCAUGAAAGUUUUUUCAACAGAGGAAUUACAUAACUGCCAUUUGCAGUUUGGGAUGUUUAAAAUCUUUCUCACGCAGAAACAGGUAAGACAGGAACCAUGAACUAAUUAAUUUGAAUAUUUUUUUUUUCUCCUUUCAGACUAACAUGGGAGACAAAAAUUUUGAUUAGGCUGUUAUGUAAAUAUUGUGCUCAGAGUAUCUUAGAGAGUGUAACAUUGGUUUGCAAUUUUUAAUUAACUCUCUUUAAAAGAAUUGCAAGGCUAAAAUUUUGUUUGUACAGAGAAUUUUAGGCACACUUAAUUUAUCAUAAUAUAUUUUUUUUAUGUUUAGUGGGAAAGGAGAAACAGUUUUUUUUAAUAUGGUAUGGGAUAAUUUCUAACAAAAUGCACUUGAUGUCAGUUAUGCUUUUAAAGAUCUUACUUUUUUUCCCACAACAAAAACACUUUAUUGCGUAAUUAAAACUUAGCAUGGCCAUCCUAGGAAUAAAAUUUACUCUAAAUAUUUAAAUUUAAUAUUUACGAUGCUGGUUGUACUUUGGAGAACAGUCUCUUUCACUUAAGGGGCAGCGCACAUAUUAUAUAACACAAAAAUAUGACAUUUUUUACCUACCCCUUAUAAAGCUAGAGAACAUUUCAAUUGACCACCACCCGCUUUUAUAGAAAUAUAAUAUUUCUAGCAAAACUACUCCCACACACAGCCACACGCAAUUUUUCCAUGAACCAAUCAAUAAAUUGGCUUUUUAUUGUAAGCUAAAAACACAUUUAUUUUUGAAUAAUCUAGGCUAAUUUUGUAAAGCAGAAAUUUUGAAAAAAGAAUUAAUAAAAAUAGAAAAGGAAUUGUUUUAUAACAUCCACCCCAUAUAACACAAUAUAACUAAAGAAUAAACUACCCCCUUUAUGCUAUAUAUGUGCAUGUUCCCUAAACAUAUUUGACAUAUUUUUUUGUUUACUAUUUUACUGCUAGAUUUUGUUUUCAAUUUAUUUCUUGGUGUUUGACAAUUAGACAGACCGCUUGGAACACACACGUGCCAUUAUCAUCGGCAAACUGGUGUCUGAAUCUCAGGCUGCAUGGCGAGGCUUUGUUGGGAGACGACACUUCUCACAGAUGAAGGCAGCCGCUUUGAAAAUCCAAGCAAGAUGGAGGACAAUCACUGAGAUGAGGAGACUAAACGCAAUUAGAUGUGGUGCAUGCAGGAUUCAGAAAUGCUGGAGGGUUUAUAAAUUGCUGUGUAGAAUGAAACAAGUUGCAUCAUCAGCAAGGAUAAUCAAAAGAAGUGAGUUUAUACACUUUAUUAUUUUAUUAUAAGAAACUUCUGUCUUGAUCUUGAAAGUUAGUAAUUUUCAUUGAAAGCAGUAGACCAAGUCCAACCCAACUUAAGCACUUUGUUUUCCCAAGAAAGCUGUUUUUCCGAGUAUGAAUGUCUUUUGUUUCAUUUACUUAGUAUAGUGUUUUUGGUCUGAGGCACUGAACUAGUGUUUUGGUUAAGAUGGCCAAAUUCAUGGAUUUUUAUACACUGGUUAAAUAUGUGUGCCAGAUAUGAAUGGAUAUGAAAGUCUUUUGAUUAGUUAUUUUAUUUCUAGUGAGAAUAUUAAAACACAAAAAACAAAUGGAUAGGUAUUUAUUAUCUAAACAUUUUGGUGUGGUGAAAACCAACAUUUUUUCCAAUGUACAUCUCACUUAAAGGCAAUUUUGUGUGCACAGUUUUUCUAUCUCUCUUAAACUAACCAGAUGGUUUAAGGAUCAUACAACUAAUGACUAAUAUUGGGUUUAUUACUCAGAUGUUUUGCUCUAAAUUGAUAUUGCUAAAAUGUAAUGACAAAUUAUAGCAGGCCUGCACAACAUACGGCCCGCGGGCCGCCAGCACCCACUUUGCGGCCCGCGAAGUAACGAAAUAUUACUUAUUCUUAUUAUUUUCUUAAUAGCCUUCCCCCUUUUUUUUCCUUUUACUUUUGGCCCGCAGAUGUCCUGUCCUAUUUUCUUUUGGCCCGCACAAGUUUUUCAUAAAGUAUUACGGUCCACCUUACAUUUUGAGUUGUGCAGGCUGUUCUAUAGGGAUUAAAUAAUUUAAUUCAGACAUAUCUAAGCUAAGACUUUAUAGAUAAAAAAACAUAUCACUUUUUAUGAUGUGUUUUGCUUUCAUAUUUACUGGUAAACAAAAAUACUUAAGAGCUGUCAUAUGGAUUUAUAAAAAAGAUUAACAUUCUUAAUAUCAAUUUAAUAAUUGAAAAUUGUUUGUUUCAGCUUUAACUAAAUGGAUAAGAAGACAAAAAUUCAGAAAAGCCUUACAUGAUCUAAAAAGGCAAAGACGGGAGCAAAAUCUUGACAAAAGUCUCUAUGUGGAGGAUGUAUCUCAAAGCUGUUUCCCAGAUCUGUGGUCAGACUCGGCCCCCUGUGACGUCCAGGUAUGACCAGUGAUGAUUUUAUUUAUAUUAAGUACCGGGUACCUGUUCACAUUUAACACUGUUUUUCUUCCAUUUGGUAUAAUUUUACUUGUUUAAAACAAUAUUUCAACUUUUCAUUAUGAAAAUUAUUUUAUUUUCCACUUUUAAAAUGUUCAAUUAUUCAACUCCAGCAUUUUCAAACAAUUGUGAUUACUUUUAAAUUUUCUUGUGGACAUAUUUAGAGAUAGGACUUAUUAUGAAACAUUAAUCCAGGCUAUGAUGGUUGUGCUCCCUGUAAAUUGAAAUUUGCUUUAAAUAACAAAACUUUUCUUAUUUCAUUUUUUAAUAGUUUUUCCAUGAACAGAUCAAUAACUUUGAAGAGGCACUGGUAACAACAGAAGGUGAUAUGACAGACAACAAGCUCAUUGGGGACCUGGAUGACACUCUCAGCAUUUGCUCGGAUGAUUCAGGUGUGAUGAUCAAAGAUGAUCUUCAGUCAUUGACGGGGGAUGUGACAGAGACUCCUCCAAUGAAAAAACAGAAGCUGGCAGCAAGAAGAGAUCUGAAUAUUGGGGAUGGUAUAAUCACCUGUCGGCGGCUCACAAAAGUAAGUUGGAAAAUGCUAUUUGUUACUCCGAUCUUGAAUGGUGUAAUGGAUCUAUUUCUACUGUAGUGGCAAAAUGUAAUCUUGCUGGCCCUUGGUAGUAUUAAUGGCAAAGUUUAAUAAAUCCUACUCCAAAAUUACUAAAAGGGCUGUUUAAGAGUGCUCACUUAAAUACCCUGAAGUAUGAAUUGAUUUUGAUUUUCACAAAUGUAUUUGAAAAUUGUGUUACUGAUGAAAGUGGUUGGCGGCUUCAAAUGUGUUUAAUUAGUCAACACCUGACAAGAUCAUCUUUUAAAAAAAUGAAGAAAAUAAAUUACAUAUCUUGAAACAUGAGUAGUGAAAACCAAGUUUAGCAGAAACUGGGAAUUGAUAAAGCAAACAAAAAAAAAUCUAUGAUGAUAAUUCAAAACCCUGCCAUAAUCAAAGGGUUAAUUAAUGUCUUUGUAAAUCAUCAUAAACACAGUUUGGGAAUCUGUGACAUUAAGUUGUAUUUUUAUUUCUACAGCCUGGGUUACGUUUUCAUGUUCGAAAGAGUAUUCUCAAAUAUGGUCACCGAGUCCACCAUUCAGAACUGGUUCACGGCAUGGCUGACGCCUUAGAACAAGAUCUCACAGAUGUUCAGUGUCCAUGUAAUGGUUACCCAAAACAGCAUGAGCACUUGCAGUAGCAAUUCAUUGAGGAUAGGAAGAAUUUUAAAAAAAACAUAUCUUUAUUAUUUAACUACAAUUGUGCUUUCAAGCUUUACAAAGCUAAUGUAAAUGAACUAUACACUAUACCUGUGAAUUUAAGCUGUGACAAUGAUUUUUUUUUUCAAUUUAAAUAUUUUAUGUGGGGUACUGAACCUCAUUUUAGUUUCUAUAACAAGUUUACUCAAGGAGGUAGUGUGGUAUUUUUCAAGUUUGCAUAACUCUUCCUAGUAGGUUGUCAUGUGAAUAUAAAAAUCUCAUAAAUGGAUUACCAAUUUCAUGAAGAGUUGUGAAGUAUUGGAAGAAAUGUGAUAAUAAAAAGAAUGUGUAGUUGAAAAGCAUGUACCCUGAAAAUGUGAUUUUGCUUCAAUUAAAAUAUAAAUAUUAUAUUUGCUCAUUGUAACAUCAUUCCCUUUUAUUUCUAACUAACCACUUGUUCUAGAUCAGAGAAUGGAAACUUUUCUUUGGUCAGGCUUGUCCUCUCAGCUCUGCCUAGGAGAUCAUGACCAAUUAUUGUCUAGGUUUCAAGUAGGGAUUCCAAGGCUAAAUCAUGGCUUCUAAUUAUCAGGCCCUAGAGAUUUUUUUUAUCUAGGUUGUCCCCCUUGCCUUUACUUUUGGGAUUCUAAUUCAAUCAUAUUGAUUGUCAUCUAUUGCAAUGCAAAUUGUGCCAGUUUUUUUAAGGAAUAUAAAAAAAAACAGAUGGGCUUGGUACUGGAAUCCAUAACUGACCAGUUCCACAUGAUUUCAAUCUCUGAUGUGGAAUUUCAUUCCAAGAGUUUUUUUACUUAAUUAAUAUAAUUAUCACAAGGGGUGAGAUAACAUAGUAGCAGAUUUUGAAGUUUAAUCUCAGUCCUCCCACAGGUCAACACUUUUCUCUGUUAGGGUUUCCUCCCUUAGCCCUAUGUCAAUCUUGACUUUUAGUCUGUUUAUCACAUGAAAAGUGGUGGAGGAAAAGAAGUAAGUUCACUAGUUGCCAUUGUCUAUGAUUUCAACUGCUGUAAGAGGACUGUCAGACAGUUUAUUCAUUUUGGUUUUAUAGAAAACUGUGCCUUAAAAUAAAGUAUUGCUCCAAGCCCUUUUUUUUUUUGUUACCUCACUGCCUUUAACUUAAAACAAAGCUUCUUUGUUUUAAAAGUUCAAAAAAAAACCCAACAAACUUUUACUAUAGCCAAGUUGUUUAUUAGUGGUUCCCAUCAUUGUGCUGAGGCCACAUCCCCCAACUGUCUUAAGCUAAAGAGGUGCUAUUUAAUAAUUAACACAACAUGCCCAACUUGUUUUAUACAAGAAGUUACCAUGAGAAAAUUGUGAUUUUUAAAAAAUAAAAAGAAAUUCUAAGUACUGCU